AUGGGUCGCCCGAAGCCUGUUGCUGUAGAUCUCUUAGCCGACCUAUCUCCCGACGUUGAUGCUGUUCCAACCCAAUCCAUGCCCCCACCAAAGCCAAAAAGAACAAAAAGGGCUCAGCCGAAGGCUAAAGUGACUCAGGUUGAAUCUGAGGACGCUUUACCUAUUUGCAAACUGGCUGAGAGUAAGAAGACUUCUUCUGCUCCUGCAAAAAGGUCUGCUGAAAACCCACCAUCUGGGUCCACACAGUCAAAGAAGCCAAGGUCGGCCUCAGCUACUACCUCGAGGUCCAAGAAACCGGAUGUCCCUUGGGCUCUCAAAAUUACUUUGGAAGACAGGCCAAUUAUGUCCAGUGAAAACGCCGACGACAUAAAUGUCGGCGUUGCCCUCAGCACGGCGUUGCUUCUUCCGGGUGACCUCGAGCGAAAUGCUGAGUAUAGUGAGUACGAGAAUUAUGCUUUAAUGCUCCAGCACUCCGUUCAAGCCAUCCAGCAUGCCCAUUCGUUUUCAACGCAAGCUUUUGAAAACAGAGCAAAGUUGGUCGAUCUGAAGAGAGAGGUUUCUGCCCUUAAAAAGGAAAACAAAUCUCUUCAAUUAAAGAUAAAAAAACUGGAAGACCAGGCUGAGGCUGCCACCAAAGCCCAAACCCUUGCCGAGGAAAAGGCCGAAUCUGCCGAGGCUAUUAGAAAGAUCGCUGAGGCUGAAAAGAGAGAGGACGAGGACAAAAAGGCCCAAGCGAAAAAAGAACUUCAAGAUGCUUUAUCUACUAAAGACGCUGAAAUCAAGGCGGCCGAUGAAAAGGCCUAUGCUCAAGGAAUGGCUGACGUUACAAGAGAAUACAAACUACAAGUCAGGCAGAAUGAGCAAGUCCUUGACUUGACUCAUGAGGAGGAUGAGGAUGUUAUCAAGGAGACCACUCCUGAGCAAGCAUCAUCUGAUGUUCCUCCAGUUGAUAAAAGUCUUGAUCAAACACUUGCCGAAAUUGAUGCCGAGAUUGCUGCAGAUGAGGAAGCCGAGGUAUCUCUUCAGGAGACUUCUGAGGUUCAGAUCCAGCCAGAUGCUGAUGUUGAAAAGUCUUAA